AUGGAUGUUCAUCAACUCGCGAAUCUGCUGAAUCAACUCUCUACGCUGCAAGCUCAGAUCUCAAGAGCUGGUGUGAGUCCGAUUACUGAUCCUGUGAGUCCGUAUUUCAUACAUCCAGGUGAGAGUCCUGGAACGCCUUUGAUCUCGGUUACUUUGAAUGCUAGUAAUUACCAGAGUUGGAGUAGAAAGAUGCUGUUAGCCUUGAAGUUGAAAAAUAAAUUACAGUUUAUAGAUGGAUCAACAAGAAAACCAGAAUCGGAUGAUGCAUUGUAUGAAUCUUGGGAGAGAUGUAACACUUUAGUGGUUUUAUGGAUAAAUCAUUCACUUAGUGCUGAAAUUUCUGCGAGUGUGAUAUGGAAUAACGUUGCUUCAGAUUUAUGGAAGGACCUUAAACACAGAUAUUGCCAGGGGGAUAGAUUUAGAGUGGCUGAGUUAGAAGAAGAAAUGUAUCAAAUGAAACAGGGAAAACUUACCGUAACAGCAUAUUUCACCAAGUUGAAAUCAAUAUGGGAGCAACUUAGUGGAUUCAGGCCAGUUCUGGAUUGUGUCAUGUGCUCCGAGACGUGCAAAUGUGGCCUGGCCAAAAUGAGGGAAUAUAGAGAAGAGAGUUACACUGUGCGACUCUUACGAGGACUGAAUGAACAAUACUCGAAUGUAAGAUCAAACAUCAUGCUGAUGAAUCCUCUGCCAGAUGUGAACACUGCAUUUUCAUUGCUUACACAACAAGAAAGGCAGUUCGACAUUGUGGAUCCUAGCGAUUACAAAGUUCUGCUUCAAAAUGCACAAAUCAACUAUGUGGAUGGUGCUGGAAGAGGUAGAGAAAAAGAAGAAAAUCGAGGUGGAAGAGCAAAUACUAGAGGUAGAGGCAAAGGAUCCAAAAUGCAGUGUACUUAUUGUGGUAGAAUGGGGCACAUUGUGGAUAAUUGCUACAAGAAACACAGCUUACCUCCGCACCUAAAAUAG